AAACUGUUUUUAGCUAUAUGGCAGCACUAUUUUGAUAAACACCGGCAACAUCGUUGUCCAGCCCUGGCAACACAACAAAAACCCAGCUGUGUGGCAACAUUUGCUUAGCACAAUGACUAAAUUCUUGGGAAUUGAUCGCCUGGGUCGACUGUUCCAGGCCAUACGCGAAGCCGGCGGUCUGAAGCAAGCCUAUCUGAAGCUGUACAGAAAUGAUGAUCUGAAGACGGGCACUCUCGUUGGCAUUGAUAAGUACGGCAACAGGUACUUUGAGAAUCCCUAUUACUUCUACGGCAGAAACCGCUGGGUGGAGUUUGCACCUCAUGUGAACAUGAACUACGAUGGAUCCCAAAUUCCUGCCGAGUGGUUCGGAUGGAUGCACUACAAGACGGAUUUGCCUCCCAUUCGCGAUGGCUGCAGACCCAAAUACAAAUGGAUUGCUGAUCACAGUGAGAAUCUUUCGGGAACCAAGGAGGCUUACAUGCCCUACACUACAACACCACCGAAAGUGGAGGCCUGGAAUCCCAAGACCAGCAAGAAGGAUUAGGAUCUUUAUAAUGAUUUCUGUCGAGAAUGUUAAUAAAAUGUUGCUGUAUUUGAUCUAGAUUAGAAACUACAACUAA